GUGAGGCUGGAUUGUGGGAAUGCUGGGUGUGGCCUGGCAUUUCAGUUGGGACAUCCAGGGCGAGUGUCUCUUGAAAGUCAUCUGAUGUGAGGAUGGCGAGUGGGGUGAAAUCACAGCCCGGGGAUCGCUUCCCAGAGGAGGAUAUCAGGAAACCACCUGCAGCAGCCAACGAGGGGGAUGAAGGAACAGAACAACAGCUCCCGAAGAUCAGGACGAGAGGCAGGAACCAUGGAGACCAGACCUGGCCGUCAAGGAAAGUGAUUAAUGGAAUUAUACAGGGUCAAUGCCAAAUAAGUUCCACAGAUGAUGAGAUAACCCAGUCACUGGAGAUAGUCUCAGAGGAAUAUGAGUGGCCUCAAUCUAAGAAUUCUCUGUUACUAAUUGAAGAACUGCGAAUGGACUGUAAAGAUUCUGUCAGUUUAUUGAAAAUCCAGGAUGCGGUACUUGCAUAUGAAAGAUUAAUAGAAUUUAAAAAAAAUCACUGCAGACUCCUAAUAAGAAAAGCUAAACAUAUGGAAAAUAAGGUGUGUAGACUACACAAAAAGCUCUCAGAACUAAGAGAAGUGAAAUCACAGUUGGAGCAACAAGCAGUGGAAUGGGAACAGAAGUGCUGCAGUUUGAGAUUUACAUUGAAGAAAGAAAAAGAGGAGAGAAGAAAUGCCAAUAUAUUGUGUGAAAAAAUUAGGGAAGAGUUAAAAAGAAAAGAAAAGCAAUAUAAUAAAGAAGUUGAAGAGAAAGGACGACUUGAGCUUACCCUGAGAGCACGAGAAAUGGAAUUGAAGAUUGUAAGAAGUAAUUUGAAUCAGCUGCAAGAAGUCCAGAAUCACAAUGCUGUACAAGAAACCAUGAAGAAGCAGGACUACUUGGAGAAGUACAGUUGAAACUAGCACACCAAAUAGCUUGAAUAUUUACAAAGAGGAUGAGUGUAGGAUUGGAGUGGUAUCAGUGAAACCAGAGAAAAUUUUCAGCCUUAAACCAUUUUAAAAUGCAAAUGUUCUAUGUUAUCCCUAUAUUUGUGCUUAUCCAGAAAACACAUUGAAAAAUGGUAGUUACUGAAUUAUUUACUUUUAAAUCAUUCAAGGAUGAAUGUAAAUUAUGUCUUAGAUGUUAAUAAUUUAUGUGGUU